AUGGCACCCCAGUUCCUGCUGGUGUUCCCCCUUUGGCUCUUCUCCCUCCAAGCGGUGGCUGGCUGCCUUCAGUGUGACCGCCGCUUCUUGGAUUCUGUGGCAACCUUGCUGCUGGAAAUGCUCCCAGCAGACCUCCCCGACCGAGACGCCCUCAUAGAACGGCACAUCCAGGCCUUUGUCGACCUGCACGGCACCUUCCUCCGGAAGAUGCACGAGCGAGUGUUGGAUGUCCGAGGAGUGAUGUCUAUCAAAUCAGAUAUUAUUCGUCAGCUGAGGGACCUCAAGAGCAGCAAAGCCUGGAAAGGCGUCUUCCUGUGGCAGCUCUCCCUGUAUCAGCUCCGGGUAUCUCUGCGAAGCCGCCUGCAGCAGUCGCUGGAGAAAUUCGCUGACCUCGGUACCAAUGGGGAAGGGAAAGCGGUGACGGAGGGCCCUGUCCUGGACUGCUGGACCUGCUUACGUAUUGCCAGGCAAUGCUUUGAUGGAGAGCUCUGUGGAGUGGAAGACAGGCGCCUUGCAGAAUAUAAUGAAGUUGUUCUUUACCUCUUCUUUGUUUGCGAGUCAGUGUUCGUGACCUCAGUUAUUCUUGUGUACUGGGUGUGCGUCAAGCAUAAGAAGCAGAUGCUGCGAAAAGCACUGCGCCUUUAG